UUUUAAUCCAAUCUUAUACGACCAUAACCCCCAAAACGUAACACCAAAUCCUUCUUUUCUUUCCUUUUCCUUCCAGCCAAACAAUUCGCGGCUAGUUGUUUUCUCACUGUUUGGUUAUCCGAAGGAUCACACUUCGCCGGAUUCUGGAAAUCUCAGUCGUUUACUAUAUUCUUCUUUUUGUAUCAUGAAAAGGCGCACUUUUACUUGCACUACAGUUUUCCUGGGAAAGUGGUUCGGGAAUGUUCUUGCCUUGGUUUGCCCUUGAAGCAAUCCAAGCACUCUCAGAUCGGCAACGGAGGUCGUUUGUUCAGUUCUUUUAGGGUUUUGGCGCGUCAAUCAGUGAGCAGAGCGUAGAGGAAUAGCGGUGAUACAACUUUUUCUGAAAGGUUAAUAGAUGGCUACGCUUGCAGAUAUAGGGCUUUCUGCUGCUAUCAAUAUCCUCAGUGCUUUUAUAUUCUUGGUGGCAUUUGCUAUUCUUCGGCUUCAGCCUUUCAAUGAUAGGGUUUAUUUUCCGAAAUGGUACAUUAAAGGAUUAAGAAGCAGUCCAACACAAUCGGGAGCAUUUGUACGCUUUGUCAAUUUGGACUUCAGAUCAUAUGUUAGGUUUCUGAAUUGGAUGCCAGAUGCUUUGAAAAUGCCAGAACCUGAACUCAUUGACCAUGCGGGAUUGGAUUCUGCUGUUUACUUGCGGAUAUACUUGAUAGGGCUUAAGAUCUUUGUUCCCAUAACAUUCCUUGCACUUACUAUCCUGGUGCCAGUUAAUUGGACAAAUAGCACUUUGGAGCUAAGCAAAGCAACUUACAGUGACAUCGAUAAGCUUUCUAUUUCAAAUAUUCCGCUUGGAUCCUAUAGAUUUUGGGCUCAUAUUGUGAUGGCCUAUGUGUUCACUUUUUGGACAUGCUAUGUAUUGCAAAAGGAGUAUGAGACAAUUGCGUCAAUGCGAUUGCAGUUUCUUGCAACAGAAAGACGCCGUCCAGAUCAAUUUACAGUCCUUGUUAGGAAUGUGCCCCCAGAUCCGGAUGAAUCUAUUAGUGAGCUUGUGGAACAUUUCUUCCUGGUUAAUCAUCCAGAACACUAUCUCACCAAUCAGGUUGUAUGCAAUGCAAAUAAACUUGCAAAACUGGUCGAGGAGAAGAAAGGCAAGCAUAAUUGGCUUGAUUACUAUGAAAAUAAAUAUUCUCGAAACCAGUCAAAGAGACCUCUUAUCAAGACUGGUUGUCUUGGCCUUUGUGGAGAUCGAGUGGAUGCAAUUGAAUUUCAUGCAUCUGAGAUUGAGAGAUUAUCAAAAGAAAUAGCUGCAGAGAGAAAGAGGGUUGUGAAUGACCCUAAAUCUAUCAUGCCGGCGGCAUUUGUUUCCUUCAAAACUCGGUGGGGUGCAGCUGUUUGUGCACAAACUCAACAAUCCAGAAACCCGACUAUAUGGUUAACUGAGUGGGCACCAGAACCACGUGAUGUAUAUUGGCAAAACCUUGCUAUUCCAUAUGUUUCACUCGCAGUUCGAAGGCUUAUCAUUGCUGUCGCAUUCUUCUUUCUCACCUUCUUCUUCAUGAUUCCCAUUGCCUUUGUACAAUCCCUAGCAAGCAUUGAAGGAAUUGAGAAGGCUGCACCCUUUUUGAAGUUCAUUAUUGAAGUGGGAUUCAUCAAGUCAUUCAUCCAAGGUUUUCUCCCUGGGAUUGCUUUGAAGAUUUUCCUUAUCAUUUUGCCCAUGAUAUUGAUGUUCAUGUCCAAAUUUGAAGGCUUUAUAUCUCUGUCAUCUCUAGAAAGAAGAUCAGCAUCUAGAUAUUAUCUUUUCAAUUUUGUGAACGUAUUUCUUGGGAGCAUAAUCACUGGAACCGCAUUUGAACAGCUAAAUACAUUCAUCAAGCAGUCAGCAAAUGAUAUUCCUAAAACAAUUGGCGUAGCAAUUCCAAUGAAAGCAACUUUUUUCAUAACGUAUAUAAUGGUUGAUGGAUGGGCUGGCAUUGCUGGGGAGAUUUUAAUGUUGAAACCACUGAUCAUAUACCAUUUAAAGAACUUUUUCUUAGUGAAGACUGAGAAGGACAGAGAGGAGGCAAUGGAUGCAGGGAGUCUUGGCUUCAACACUGGCGAACCUCAAAUUCAAUUUUAUUUUUUACUAGGCCUUGUUUAUGCUGUGGUGACACCAGUUCUCCUUCCUUUCAUAUUAGUAUUCUUCUGCCUGGCUUUUGUUGUAUUUCGUCAUCAGAUUAUAAAUGUUUACAACCAAGAGUAUGAGAGUGGUGCAGCAUUCUGGCCUGAUGUCCAUGGACGUAUUAUAACUGCAUUGGUUAUCUCACAGCUGCUACUUAUGGGACUGCUGAGUACAAAACAUGCUGCUCAAUCAACACCAUUUCUUAUUGCACUUCCUGUCUUGACUAUAUGGUUCCAUAGGUUCUGCAAAGGCCGUUAUGAAUCAGCAUUUGUUAGAUAUCCAUUACAGGAAGCAAUGAUGAAAGACACACUGGAACAUGCAAGGGAACCAAACCUGAAUCUGAAAAGCUACCUUCAAAAUUCUUAUCUGCAUCCAGUGUUUAAAGGUGGCAAUGAUGAUGAACAAGAGGAAGUUAACGGAAAGUGGGAGCCGGAGAGUGUGCUAGUUCCAACCAAGCGCCAAUCCCGGAGGAACACCCCAUUGCCUAGCAAGUUCAGUGGUUCAUCCUCUCCGACUCUGCCCGAUACAAUUCAGGAACCACCACAGCCUUAAAUUUUAGCUUUGUUCCUUGAUCUCAUUUUAAAUUAUGAGCCCCUUCAAAAUGGUUGCAGUUGAAGGUGGCAUUGUAUAUUAGACCAGCAUUGAGGAGAAUAGCUAGCAUAAGUUGUUGCAUAUAUAUAUAUAUAUACAGAGAGUGUGUGUGUGGACGCGUGCAGAGUAGGGUAUUCAAACUGCUGCAAGGAAGCAGGAAGGAUUGGAUCUUUGGCGUGUGAAUUCUUAUCAACCAGAAGCAAAGAUUGUGGUAGUUUGUCUCAUUUUUUCCCUCACAACUGUUGUAAAUUGACAAAUAAAUGUAUAAUUUGUAGAAGUUGUUUACGAUGCAUUUUAUAUUCAAUUUUGUAUCUUAAUGCAAUUUUUUCUUUUUAGUGCA